AUGGCACAGGCCUCUCGGCGCGAUUAUAUGUCAAGUCUUGUCCACGACGACUGCGACAUCUGUUAUCAGCCCAUGACCGAGCCAACACGCCUCUCUUGUCGCCAUUACUUUUGCCUCGAAUGCUUUCGGAGCUGGCUGGACGGAAACAAUACCUGUCCAUCCUGUCGGGCCCAACUUUUCGAGGAACCUGGAGAGCCAAACGAUGGCCAGACAGCAGCAGAAGGCGCGCCAGCGCAGUUGACCAUCGUUAGUGAGUCCAACCACACCACUCGAGUCGAGAUCCGCGCCGAAAGAAUUAAACCAGAGACUCUCGAAGAAUACUUGAACCGUGUGGAUGGGAUCAGAGCCACCACUCGUAGGAUUCCGAGAACUAACAGACCACAAACGGUCACUCUCGAGUCCACGGCGAUGUCUCUGAUCCUGGCAUCUCUGCAGUCCGAGGAGCAUGCUCGGCCAAACUGCAACGAUGACCUAGGAGACUGUGAUGUACAGUACACAUUUACCACGACGGAGGGCGAUGAUGUUUUGUGGACAUUCGACCACACGAGCUACAUCUCUCAUUCUCGAUCGAGGGCCACCACUGCGGCUGAAGCCGAACAGCAUAGAGUGUAUGCCGAGAAUCAGGAAGAGUGGACGCGAUUGGUGUCAAGGUACCUGCUCAGCGUCGACGCCCACAAGCUGGACAAGUUGGUUGAAUUUCUUAGGCGAGCAGACAUCGGGCGUUUGCCGCAGGCCCGCCGGCUCGUGGUAUCUGUUCGGUAUUGA